UGUUGAUCUGCAAACUUGAAAUCCUAAAUUUUAAUUCUUACAGUAGCUUCAGGUUUUCCACCUUUUUAUAAGUUUUUGGAUUUGAAUAAGAUCUUUGACAUAGAAAUAUUAUUUUAGUGCGCAUUGAUAACAGAUUCAGGAACUGACUAUCCUGCGCCGUAAUCCGUGGCGAUACUAGCCAAUAACACCACUGUUACACUUAUCCAGUCGUCGAACGAUUUCGACAAGUUCGUGAUCAUCCUGUUUUAGUGUGUUGCUUCUUGUUUCCAUGAUGGAGUCUGUUGAUGAUUCUUCAUAUCGUGACGAACAUGAUGUGGAAUCAGUGGAGACUGGUCAGAGUGUCCAUCCCGUGGAAAACACUAAUGUGGAUGACGACAUUGGGAAGGAAGAAGCCACCUCUUCGCAGGGAACAUCUUCUGGUUCUUGUGCGAAAACCAAACACGAGGAGCGCAUGAGAAAGCUGCGGGCACUUCACAUGAAGCGGAAUGAGGCGAGGAGCUUGAAUCAUAAAGAUGUGGUUGCUGAAGAUUAUCAGAGAAAACUCCCGAAGAACUGGGAGGCAAAGCGCGCUCGAAUGGAAUGGAAACUGGACGAUGAAGAGAAACGAAAGGAUGCAGAAGAACAAGGCGAAGAUUAUGACCGUCUGAGAAUGCUGGAUGUUACCGCAGCGGAAGCCAGUGCCAUGGAUGCCAAGAAGAGGCGGAAGAAGAAUCCCGAUAUGGGUUUCUCUACAUUCGAAGACGCAACGAUAAGGCAGUACGAUAGCCUUACGAGGAACAUCAAACCGAAUUUCAAGAAAUAUGAGCAACAAAAGGAAGAACUGGGCGAUAAAUUUUAUGCAUCGGCCAGCACGAUACUACAUGACGAAGUUAAGGAUAGUCCAGAAGCCAUUGAACGUUUAGUGGACGAUGUAAAACACCAAGCGGAAAGAAGGGCCAAGUUCAGUCGGCGGCGUGCAUACAAUCCUGAAUCUGAGAUCGAUUAUAUCAACGAAAAGAAUAUGAACUUCAAUAAGAAACUGGAAAGAUUUUACGGACAGUACACGUCGGAGACGAAGCAGAAUUUGGAAAGAGGAACGGCGGUUUGAUUUGUCUGAUGGUCAUUGGGCGAAGCUACUGUACAUUGAUGAUUACCUGUGGAAUAGGCGUACUUAUCGUGCUUUGAAGUUUGAAUGAUGGUUCACAUUCGAAACGACUUUUUAUUAACUGAGCAUCAUGAAAGAUAUAAACAAGGCAUUAGUAAAAAAUAAUUUUUCUUUGGCGAACAUCUGGUAUGACAGCAGAAUUUUGAUGAGUACUUACAACUCAGUUCUUGGAAUUCGUAUGAAGAUAUUGUUGCUUAUUUUUAAUAAUCUGACUUAUGUCUACAGUUUUCUUGUUGGACAGUGGGCGUACUGUGACGGACUACAAUUAUGUACAAUAUUCUCCAGUGUUUUGCAAAUUAAU